GGACUAACUCGGGAUUGUCCUACAUCCCCUGAACGCACCGCUGCACGUUGCGCAUGCGUAUUGCUCUUCCGCCCGCCUGAAGUCCACCGCCUCGACCGACUCCUCUUCCGUCGCCAUCCUUCAUCCAACCCCGCACUUAAUCAUGAGCUUCACUGUGGAAGAGAGGGGCAUUCCCAACUCUUUGACCUACCGCUUGUUCUUCAAGAAUUCCGAGGGGAAGUACAUUUCACCGUUCCAUGACAUACCAAUAUAUGGUCAGGAGGGACAGGAUAUCUUUCACAUGGUGGUCGAAGUUCCAAGAUGGACAAAUGCAAAGAUGGAGAUCGCCACAAAAGACCUCUUGAACCCAAUAAAACAAGACGUGAAGAAGGGCAAGCUGCGCUACGUCGCUAAUGUUUUCCCCCAUAAAGGCUACAUAUGGAACUAUGGAGCCAUUCCUCAGACUUGGGAAGAUCCGGCGCACAAAGACGGAGACACCGGCUGCUGCGGGGACAACGAUCCCAUUGACGUCUGUGAAAUCGGAACCAAGGUGUGUUCUCGCGGCGAGGUCAUCAACGUGAAGGUUCUCGGGAUCCUAGCUAUGAUCGACGAGGGCGAGACUGACUGGAAAGUGAUCGCAAUCAACGUUGACGACCCCGAAGCCAACCAGUUCAACAACAUCACCGAUGUUCAGAGAUUGAAGCCCGGCUACCUGGAGGCCACGGUCGACUGGUUCAAGAAGUACAAAGUGCCUGAUGGGAAGCCAGAGAACAAAUUUGCUUUCAAUGAGGAGUUCAAGGACAAGGACUUUGCCAUUAAAGUCAUCAAGGCCACUCACAACUUCUGGAAAGCUCUGAUCUGCCAACAGACUGACGGUGGUGAAUUGAACUGCAAAAACACCUGCAUCUCAUCCAGCGACAGCCCUUUCUGCUGCUCGGUGGAUGAAGCUAAAACGGCUGUCGGUGACGCAUGUCCUUGUGAAAAGGUGGAGCCCAUCCCGUCGUCAGUUGAUAAAUGGUUUUACUACGACAAGAAGUAAUCUACCGGUUGACUGCGUGGGAGAACAAAGUGGACAUUUCAUCUGUCAUAGGCUUACUUGAACGAUGAUAGGAACUUUUGUAACGGCAGGUUUUGUAAGGUGUCUCCGUCUUAUGUAAAUGUAAGACAGCGGGUAGCCAAUUAUAUUAUUUAUCAAAAGCUUUCCCUACACGAGGUGGAGGAUUAAAACUGACAAGGUAAUAUACAGUAUCUAUUAAUGUGUGCCAUGUAAAAUACACUGAAUUGCUUUAAUAAAGCUACGCUAGUAAAUGAUCAA